UAAACCCAUUUUUCAGUGAAACCAGGUGCAUCCAAGUCCCAAAUGCGAAACAGGAAAAAGGCAGCGAUCGUUCCAUCAAGCAGCGACAUCAGACCCAUAGAAGCGGGAUGGCCGCCGGGAAACGCCUGCAAAUUCCUGCAACUAUCGCGCGCCGCCGUCAUGGACAUACUGUCACGGCUUCCCAUUACCACCCUCCUCACCUGCAGGUGCGUUUGCAAAAGAUUUCUCCAUUUAAUUUCCGAUCCUGAGUUUGCUCAGCUACAUCUUACGAGAUCAGCUGUUAGUAUCAUGAUCAAAACCCUACCCCCCGUUAACGGGUCCAAGAGACUUCAGGUUGCCCAGAUUGAGGACAAUGGGGCAGGGUUUGAGGCCAGGAAAAUGGAAUUCACUGCAAAAGAUAGCUUACCCACUUGUGAUUUUGGUCAUAUGAACUCAUGCAAUGGGUUGAUUUGCUUAGCUGGGUUUGAAAAGGAUGAUCCUGUUUAUGUAUGUAAUCCAAUUUUAGGUGAGUACAUUACUCUGACGUCUCCCUCUAAGGGCAGGCAUAGAGGGAGUUUUUUGGGGCUUGGGUAUUCUGCUGUGACUGAUCAAUUCAAAGUGUUGCAAACCUUUUACCCUUUGAAUGAAUCAGAUCAUCGUUACGUAGAGGUUGAGAUUUGCACCAUUGGAACUGGUACAUGGAGAAGUAUUGGGGUUGGUCCUAAAGACCUAGUCACUUUACCAUUCAAUUCUUUCUUGAAUGGAGCUCUUCAUUGGUCUACUUGUACCCCAAAUGGUAGUCAAUUUAUACAUACAUUCAGCUUUGUGACUGAGAGGUUUGGGACAGUUCCUCCACCUCCACACUUCAGUCAGGAAGACAUGAAGUUUAGCGAUUUUUUGAGGAUAGGAGUCCUGGGAGGUUGUUUAUAUGCAAUCUUCUUUGAGAACUCUUUGCGACUUGACAUAUGGGUUAUGAAGGAGUAUGGCGUUAGGGAAUCUUGGACCAAACAGUUUGCUGUUGAGAAUUUGUAUCCGAGGAAACAUAGUUGGGAUCUUUAUGAGCCUGUAGUUGUUUUGAACAAUGGCGAGAUCUUGUUGGUUUACAACAAUGAUCUUGUGGUUUGUUAUCAUCCAAAGAGAAAAUGUCUAAGGGGAACUAAAAUGUUCCGGACUCGCUCACAGUUUAAUGCAAUUGCAUACACCCCAAGCUUAGUUUCACUCUACGCCGUUGCAAAAGGAGAGCAAAUUUCAAGAACUAGAGGCACUGGAAAAUAUGAAAGGCUCGCUGCUGAAAAUGUUCAAAGUUGUGUUACCUGUGGAGCACCGCUCUUCAACUCUGACUAUAGUUUGGCAUGUUUCCCUGGAGCAACAAGUUAUUCUUCGGUUUCGAAUGGGAGAAACUCGGAUUUGGUGUGUGUAAAUUGUGCAAAGCAUCUACUUGGUCCUUCCCGGGAUGCUACUCAGAAAUCUUUCCUCUCUCUCUGGAGUUUAUAAGGGGUUGACUCUGGCAGAAACAAUAGCAUCUGGUUCUAGUUUAGCACUUUAUGAUGACGAAAAUGCUGUGUAAUAACAAAACGUAAUAAUGGUUUUAUUUUAUAUGAAAUGUAAAUUUUAAUAUCAGUCCUGGUGUCUGUGUGUACUCAUUGAGACAUCUUUCUCUUAGUCAUGGGAAAGGACAAAGAAUGCCAAGAUUUCUCUUUUCUUCUUUCCCCUUUUACUUCAUUGUUGAAUCUCUUUUCUUUCCCCUUUACCACAACAUUGAUUCAAGAAAGAUGUAAAGGUAAA